GAAGAGCUUUCGCUAAUAUUCAUUUGGAUUUCUCAGAUUUUGGCUAAGGCAGAGGCAAAGUGCAUGAAAUAGCGAUCGCUAUCGGUUUGACAGACAGCCGGCAUUUUAGUUUUGAAGUACGAAGAAUAAGGACGAAUAGGAAAGAUAUUUCAACCGUAAGGGCCUGAAAUGGAUAUUGAGGAUAAACUUACAGAGGAACAGAUCGAAGAAUACCGGGAUGCUUUCAAGUUUUUCGACAAAGAUGGCAAUGGAUAUAUAACAACCCGUGAGUUGGGGGCCAUUAUGAGAUCCCUCGGGCAAAACCCCACGGAAACUGAGCUCCAGGAUAUGGUCAAUGAAGUGGAUUAUGACGGUAAUGGCGUGGUCGAUUUUGGCGAGUUUGUAAACAUGAUGAUCAAUCAAAACAACAACACGCUUGACGAGAAAGAGCUCUUGGAAGCAUUUAGGACUUUUGAUGGCGACGACAAAGGAUACAUAUUCUCGAACGAGAUUCGUUACGUGAUGCGACACAUGGGGGAAAGUAUUCCAGAACAAGACAUCAACGAGAUAUUACAAGAUUCUCAGGAAAGUCGGAAAAGAAAAAUCACUUUCGAAGAAUUCAUCAAACUGGUAAAACCGGAAGUCUAAACUUACGUUUCAUUUCCGUCCGUGGAUGCGUCAAGCUCUGGUGCUGACAAAUGAACGCGAGUACAAUUGCGCAUGGGCACUACGUUUGUUUACUCACUAAAAGAUUAUCAAAAUCUGCUAACUGUGUUUAUAGUUGAAGCACUGGUGGAACGUCAUUUUUUUUAAAGGAAAACAAUGGAUAUCGUUAAGCAAAAUGAGUUGGAAAGGCAGUCAUUACGGAGAUUAAUUUAUUGAAAUUACCACCUCGUUCUAUGAAUUCUCUCAUACACAGAUAAUGAAACAUUUUAUUAUUUUUGUUACUCUCUCAAGUAAAAAUGUUUUUAUGCGA